UAUCUCAAAGAAUUACACAUUAAAAGUUAUUUUAGCUUAAUUUUAAAAGUUUGUAAUUCUCUCGUUAAUUAACCUGUACAUUUGAUGAAUAAUCAAGGAUUAAUUUUGAAUUAUAUGUGUUUCAGGGUACUUAUUGAAGUUUGUGAACCUGUAAUGCAAUUGACGUUGAUAAACGGUGGGCUGUUAAUGGACACUCGAUAAUUGAUGGUUCUUCAUUGCCUCAUCAACGAUUGAUCUCUGAAGACUGGGUGAUGAUCUCAGGAUUAUUUUCAGGACCGAAUACCCAACUAGACUGGAAAUAUGUUUCGCUCCAAGAUUCGUAUACACACGUGUCAAGUGAUUUUGUUGACAUCACUAGUAUGGUUUUUGGUAGAUGUCAUGGUACUUAUGUUUUAUUCGGAUUGCAUCGGAGGGACAGGAUGGGGUUGUCCCGAUAACAAACAACCAAUAGGCACGGAGGAAAGUCAACCUCAUGCGGCAGUCCUUAAGAGGGAAGUCAAAGAAUCGACGGAAGAAAGUAAAAGACGAUAUAAGCAAUCAGAGUUGCAUUUAUGGAGGCCAGCCAAAGUAAUCAGAGAAAGUAGAGGUAGUCCAGGUGAAAUGGGCAGUGCUGUCCACAUUGCAGCUGAAUUAGAAGCAAAACAACAAGAACUUUUUAAACUUAAUCAGUUCAAUUUAAUGGCCAGCGAUAUGAUCUCAUUAAAUAGAUCAUUGAAGGAUGUUCGGUUGGAAGGUUGUAAAACUAAAAAAUAUAAUAAAUAUCUUCCAAAUACUAGUAUCGUUAUCGUGUUCCACAAUGAAGCCUGGAGUACGUUGCUCCGUACAGUUUGGUCUGUAAUUAAUCGUUCUCCUAGAUCUUUAUUAAAAGAAAUCAUUCUUGUGGAUGAUGCUAGCGAACGAGAACACUUGAAGCAGGAUCUUGAAGACUAUGUAAAGACCUUGCCUGUAUCAACUUAUGUAUUUCGAACAGAAAAGAGAUCAGGUUUAAUAAGAGCACGGCUUUUAGGAGCAAAACAUGUAAAAGGACAAGUUAUUACAUUCCUGGAUGCACACUGUGAGUGUACCGAGGGCUGGUUAGAACCACUUCUUUCUAGAAUUGCAGACGAUAGAAAGACUGUUGUUUGUCCAAUCAUUGAUGUAAUUAGUGAUGAUACAUUCGAAUACAUCACUGCUAGUGACAUGACUUGGGGAGGUUUUAAUUGGAAACUUAACUUUAGAUGGUACAGAGUGGCCCAAAGAGAAAUGGAUAGACGCAAUGGAGACAGAACAGCACCCCUUCGAACGCCAACUAUGGCAGGAGGGCUUUUCUCUAUCGACAAAGAAUACUUUUAUGAACUAGGUGCUUACGAUGAGGGUAUGGAUAUUUGGGGUGGAGAAAAUCUAGAAAUGAGUUUUCGGAUAUGGAUGUGUGGUGGGACAUUGGAGAUUGCCACGUGCUCGCACGUCGGACAUGUAUUCCGUAAGUCGACUCCAUAUACAUUUCCUGGUGGCACCAGCAAGAUAGUGAAUCACAACAAUGCGCGACUUGCAGAGGUCUGGUUGGACCAGUGGAAGUACUUCUAUUACAACAUUAACCCAGGUGCUAGAAGCGUGUCUGUUGGUGACGUUUCAGAACGAGUAAAACUGCGAGAGAAACUGAAAUGUAAAAGCUUCAGAUGGUAUUUGGAGAAUAUCUACCCAGAAUCUCCCAUGCCUCUUGAUUACUACUAUCUCGGAGACGUGAAAAACGUGGAGACACGUAAUUGCUUAGAUACUAUGGGAAGAAGAACAGGUGAGAACGUCGGAAUUAGUUACUGUCAUGGACUCGGUGGUAAUCAAGUUUUCGCUUAUACCAAGAGGCAACAAAUCAUGUCCGAUGACAUGUGUCUCGAUGCUGCCAAUCCUCAAGGCCCAGUUAAAAUCGUACGAUGUCAUGGAAUGGGCGGAAAUCAAGCUUGGGUUUAUGAUGAAGAUAGUAAAAUGAUCAGACAUACAAAUACUGGUCAUUGCUUAUCGAAGCCUCGCCCAGGAGAUGCGUCGCAGCCCGUUUUAGCGCCUUGCGACAAACAUAAUCUUGGUCAAAAAUGGAUAAUGCAAAGUAAAUUCAGAUGGCAAGCUAGCUAAUACUAGGCAGCUGUGAUCGGUAAAACUGCACGCAAUACUUGUUAAUGUAUUUAAUAAAUUGAAUUCCAAGGACUGGCUCUCAAAGAGCUUUUCUCACAUUCAAGAUUUAACAAAAAUUAACCAGUUAUGGUCUCCAAGAAGAUUACAGACUGGUAGAAUAGAGUGAACUCGUAUAUGCGCCAAUUGCAUUAUAGGCGAGCUUGAUUAAACUGACUUUUUCCUCGCUUGGAUGACCAGACUGAGAGUCUAUUUAACUUUAUUGAUUCUUCCAAGACUUGUCUAACGUUGAUAGCAGGAUCGAGGAUUUACUGCUACUUUCAAUUAUGCAUUAAUAAUUGCACACAAUGGUAUCAUGAAUAUGAAGGACGUCUUCGUGCAAAAAAUGACGUCUCCGUAAUACUCAAAAUACUGGUUAAUGAAAAUAAUUAUUAUUGGACAGAUGAUGCAUAUCAGACCGCUGUUAUAAGUGAAUUAUUGUUGUAGUGAGAGUGUUAAUUGAAAUAUUUGGUUGUUGGGAUGAGUGCAAUGGUAAUGAUCGACUAUUAAAGUCGGUUUUAGUUAACAUGGACCAGAUGAACGCGUAAAUGUCGCAGCUGUACAUUAGCUGUAGAGUGUACGUGAUGAUAACGUGUCAGUACUCGUCAGAAUAAUAUAACUUGUAUGUGUACAGGUACUUAAUCAUAGGGAAGAGCACUGGGUCCUUUUGUAUCGUUAACUCAAUCUCUAUAGUUCCUUGCUGGAUCUACUAUUUUAAUUUUUAGUAAAUCAUCUCUCCGUGAACACCACACGCGCGCGCGCGAGAUAUAAUUAGUACAUGUAUAUGAAUUCACAGAUGUAGUUUUACAAAGUUGAGCACAUGACUCGUGCAAUCGUAAAUCUGUUAUCUUGCGUUUCAUAAAUUUAAUUUUACAUAAAAACAGAGAUUCUAAGAACGUAUUACUUUAAAGGUGGUACGAAUAUUUUUUUUAAUUUGCCUUAAAUUUAAUUUAUUUUAUAAUAAAUAUAAAUUUGUUAACAAUUGAUAGUGAAUUCGACUAUUACUGAUAACACGGGUAUAUACAAAUCCUAGAAUUUGAUAAUUCUGGAGCCCAUCCCUUUUGACAGGUUGUUAUAGUUAAAACUAUAACGUAUUUCUCACGCUCACGUAAAAGUUGUCAUCCUAUAGACAUCUGUCACGCUUAACAAUAACAAUAAUAAUCAGUGGACUGAUUUUGUACAGUUUUAAUUGCGUCCACUUUAGAAUAUCGCUCUUUAUCGCGACUAUAAUCCGAUAUCAGAGUUAGACAAAGUGUCUAAUUAUUCAAUAAUUAUGUGAUUCGAUAAAAAUUCUAAUGGUACUUAUGGUGAUGGUGCAACUGUUUACUGCUUCAAUAUGUUUAAUUAAUUUUUUUGAGACUGCAGUAUUUAUAUUUGUACAGCCCUUGUACUGAAUUCUAUUUCUAAGUAGAAAAGAAGUAUUUUACAAGAUCAAGUAAUUACUUGAAAUGUCCCGUGUCAGGUAUAUCUCUUGCAGAAAUAUGCAACUACUGAACGAAACAUUCUUGACCUUAUGUAAACCUCGAGUUUGUACAACUUUUUUGUACAAUGAAAAUUGCUAAGAUUUAAGUACUUCAAAGUAACUACUAUGAUUUGUUCGUGAAGCUUUCUAUAUAUAAUGAUGUACUAUAAUGUUCUGAAUAAGAGUUUUAUUGCUAGCACAUUAACAGUUAUAAAACGAUGAUAGAUUUUGCUGUUAGCCAAGAUUAUCUUAAGAGAUUCGAUUUAAGUAUGAUUGUUAAUUGGUUCUGCAAUACCUGUUUAUAUUUUAUGCUUUUGAAAGCAUAUUUCAUGCAUUCAAAAGUAUUAAAUGUUGUAUUGCAUUGUACAAUUGGUAAUAUACAUUUCUGAUGUACAAUAAGCGAAAAAGUAAUAAUAGAACAUUUUGCGACAAUGCGUAUACCUUAUGAAUUAUUUAAAUAUUAACACAAUUGUGCGACCAAUGUCAAAACCAAUUACAUUAAUUUGUUAUUAAUGAUAUUGGUCAAGGAUUUUUUUAAUUAAAUUUGUCACAAUCGUAUGUUUCUUGAUAGUAGCUAUUGUAUUCUCCUAAUUUUUCGCCAUUAUUAGCGAAAUAGCAGAAUCAUAUGCAAUACCGAUUGAUUUAUUUGAAAACUAUAAUGUUAUCAGUCUGAGAUGGUAAACAAAUGUUAUCAAAGAUAAAUAUUACUAACAUUUUCUUCCAUAAGCCCAAAUAAGUACAUAUUAUAGUUUACUAUCUUUAUAGUUUCCAUAUGCAACCAAUUUUGUAAUUUAUAAAUUGACUACAAUUACACUUGAUAAAUGCGAUACUUCUCCAAGGAAGCGCCAUUUUUCAUAUCUUCCAAUUUUCAGAGUUCAUCAUUUUACACAUUUCCGUUUAUCUAAACCUCACAGUAAUAUCCACUUUCAAAUAUGUAAAGCAAAAGAAGUUUUUAAUAAAAAUACUUCUACAAUUUGAAACAAUUUCAUUAUAAGAUUAAUAAAUGUAAAAGUCAGUAGUCUAUUGUUAACAGAUUUUUAUUGCAAUAAAUUCAACGUUUUAUUGUUGACAUAAGAAAUGAUUUCCAUUUGAGAUGUGUAUAUCACAAUAUUACAAGGUGAAAGUGAAUAUUUCAACAAAUUUAUACACCAUAGCAAUAUUUACUGUUGAAGUGCUUGCAUUAUACACAAUUGCUCUGAUUACAAAUAUUUUUACAUUAUUUUAUAUGCUAUAUACUAAGGUUGCACAGUUAAUGACCCAAUGCUGAAGACCAAUUGAGUAAUGCGAUAGAGCAGUAUUAUGUCAACUAAUUCUAAUUUACAUAAGGGUACCACACGGACAUCAUUUUCAACGUGUGAAAACUUCCUUCCAUUCCAAAAUACAGAUCAAUCUCAGUUUACUAGGUACAAAAUUAUUUCAUUAUUUAUACAAGUAUCAAAAUACCUACACUCAUAAAUAUUAUAUAUAUAUUAGUUUAUUUUCCAGCAACAAUACUAUGAGAUUUAUUCAAACUACUAUUUGUUCAGCCCUGAUUAUGCAUAAAACAUGUGAUAAAAACACAUUUUAUCGGUGAAAACAAAUUCUAAAGACAGAUUGGUUUGAAUAAAAUUACAAUUAGCGUAUACACGCGACGUGAUAAUCGUAUUAAACAUUAUUUAUCAGGGAAUGACAUUUCAUAAGAAUUAUGUUUAACAUUUUAAUGUAUGUACAUAUACAAUAAAUACAGAAAUUUUAUAAGUCAAAA